UUCGGAUCCUUUUUUAAAAUGGAACGAUUUAGGUCAGUCAGUUAUGAUUACGUUUAGUUCCCAAAAUCUAGCUGGCACCUUUGCCAGCCGUGGUGCUAAAACUGAACCACCAUCCUUAACGAUUUUCAGAGCCUAUCGCUUUCUCCUGAUCUAAUGUAUAUAUGGAAUUCCUAAGAUUAAGUUAGCUUUGUGUCGAUUUCUAUUUUAUACUGUUUGGGAAAUGGGGUUAUUGGGAAUGUAGUAGCCAGCAUAUAUCAAAACGUUUUAAUAAAUUUAAUUUUUGUGAAUCCUAAUGCAUCCAUCAGCAUCAUAUGAUUUGGCUGAUACUAUAAACAGAAGAUUGCUUUUCAUGCUUUGUAAAAAUGUAAAAGUUCCCAUCAAUAAUCCGUUCAUUUGUUUAUGUUUGGCCGUAACAAUAUCCGAUUAAAAUAUUGAAUGUAUGCAGCAGAUCAGACUAUUAUGAUAUCUGACAAGUGAACAAUAGAGAGUGCAAUCAUCGUUCACAUAUUUUGAUGAUUUAGGAAGAAAUAUUGAUGAGAUAUGUCUUUAGGGUGUUCAGUUUACCGCUCGAUGUAUUAUGCGAGGUGACCGAAUUUUUGUUUUUCUUUGUUAAACAUAUCACUAGCAACUUUGAGGCCCCUUUACAUUUUUCUUGGCUCUAAUUCUAGAAGAAUAUACAAAAUCUGUCGUAUCGAAAAUGAAUAUAAUCCAUAGUAGUGGUAUUCGGUUUAUAAAUUGGAUUCAAAACUGUGAACAACUGGAACCUUUGUUCACAGCCGUUAGUCAUUUCGGUAGUCCUAAUACUGCCUACUUAUUGACAUUUCCAACUGCUUAUUAUAUUGAUCCAACUUUAGGCAUCAUGACAAUCUUAUGCGCAGCUACAGCUGACUGGUUAAACGGAAUACUUAAGUGGAUUUUAUAUGGUCAUAGACCAUAUUGGUGGGUUACACUGAUUCAUCCAUUGGUUGAUGCUGACUCAUUAUCAAUUAGACAAUAUCCACUAACAUGUGAAGUUGGACCUGGUAGUCCUUCAGGUCAUUGUAUGGUAACUGUAGCAAGUCUAACACCAAUGAUAUGUUAUUUCUAUCAUAAAUUAAAAAAUCGAAACCAUCAGCGAUAUUUAGUAACAUUAUGCUGUCUACUUUUUGGAUUAAUUGCCCUUAGCCGCUGUUAUUUGGCAGCGCAUUUUCCCCACCAAGUCAUUUUAGGAAUAAUAUCAGGUGCCAUAGUUGGAUUAUUGUUCACUUCAGUUGGUAGUUUUACUAGUUCACAAAAUGACGACAAUAUGAACUGGUUACAUAGACAAUCUGUUUAUCUUUUAAUUCAUCCAAUUAGAUUAAUUUGGCUGGGCUUCAGUUCGUUCCUGUUCGCAUACAUGUUUAGCGUAUUCUUAGAGUAUGGGUUGAAAUUAGAUCCUAAUUGGAGUAUAACUUUAGCAAAAUCAGCUUGCUUACGACCAGAAUGGAUUCAUUUAUCAACUAGUCUUAUGAUGGGAUUUUCACGAAUUGCUGCAGGUGCUACUAGUUUAUCUUUAAGUUUACUUCUUAAUAAACCAACACAUUCGAAACAAUUAGUACUGGGCACCAAUUCCAUAUCAAUUAUUCUAUUCAGUUUAAUCAUAGUGCUGAUUAGUACAAAAUUGAUGGAAUCAAUAUGUAAUCAGUUGAUUGAUCUUUUUCCAAUUCAAAAUAAUAAUGAAUCAAUGAUGAAUUUGUUAAGUUUAUUUCAUCAUUCAUUUUUACAAAAUACUACUAUAUGUCCAUUUAUGACAGUUUUCAUUGUACCAACAUGUAUGAAUUGGUUUCUGCAUAAGUAUAACAAAUUAAAUAAUAAAAUAUGAUUUUUUAUGUAAAACUACUUCUAUUCAUCAUCAUCAUCAUCAACAUUUUAUUUUGAGAUAAAUAUUAAAAUCAGAAAGCUGAUGAUUUCAAGAGAACUUUUAAAACAGAACAAACAAAGAAACGACACAAUACUUGCGAUCAAUAUUACUUCAAAGAUACCAACCAUUUCAACUUGUUACAUCAUUACAUUUAUCUGGUUUAUUGUUCUUUCAGAAUAAUUUAUAUAUAUAUAUAUAUA